AUGGCUCCUACAAAGAAGGGUGGUGAGAAGAAGGACCAUUCUGCCAUCAGAGAGGUGGUGACCCGAGAAUACACCAUCAACAUUCACACGCAUAUCCAUGGGGUGGGUUUCAAGAAGCGUGCCCCUCGGGCACUCAAAGAGAUCUGGAAAUUUGUCAUGAAGGAGAUGGGGACUCCAGAGGUGCACAUUGAUACCAGGCUCGACAAAGCUGUCUGGGCCAAAGGAAUGAGGAAUGUCCCCUAUUGUAUCCAUGUGUGGUUGUCCAGAAAAUGUAAUGAGGAUGAAGAUUCACCAGACAAGCUCUAUACUUUGUUACCUGUUACCACUUUCAAAAAUCUGCAGUCAGUGUGGAUGAGAACUAGCUGCUGA